CCAACACCGCCAUCAUGGCGAUGGCAAGCAACGUCCGCACACAACCACCAACACAAUCUACAACCCCGAGUCCUCAAACUGAAGGUGUCUUGGCUGUAGAGAAGACUCUUGCGCAAUGUAAAGAGGCAGUAACAGGAGCAUCAAAGACACCAAAGAAAGCCAAGACACUUGUAGCCACGACGCCGCAGGCUCGAGUCAAAGGUGGGACCGGAGCAACACCCAAGCAAAAGACAUCAGCAAAAAAUACUAUUGCAGCGACGACUCCACCUCAUAACACCAAUGUCCCUGUCUCUGUGGUUCAACCCCUCUCAGAACCGGCGCUGAUACCUGUACCAAUUCUCAUCAAUGGCGAGCCACCUUCAAAGUCCACCCAAACUCUCUCUAUACUGGAAAAGCUGCCGAUCCUAAACAUAGUCACCAUCCGAGCCACGAGGACUUUCAAAAAGGACAGGAAGAGAAUGUCCUAUGAGGAAGCCUGGGUCGGCACCGAGAGGGGCGAGAUCGCCGAGAAACCCUGCAACCAGUGCAAUAGGGGGAACAACCCAUUCACUGAGUGCUGCACAGUCGAAGGUACGUACUCGAUAUAGCGACCCCAUCCCCUCACAACCGCUAAAUUCUCUGGUCUCAAGGUCUUUUCAAGGGAGCGUGUGCGAAUUGCCACUACGGCGGUAAUGCAAGCCGCUGCAGUUUCUAUCAAGCCCAGCAAAACGCAGAAGCGCAUCUCAUCGCAGAACACGUCGAAGCGCCAGCCAUUUCCGGCAUGGCACCAGCAAAUUACACAGGCGGCUCGCUCAAGAACGGCGGAUUCGCU